GUCGUUGAGAAGGUUGUGCUUGAGGAGCUGGACGUUGAGGCGGUGCUUGUUGUUGAAGAGCUUGAGGUGGUGCUCUUGGACGUAGUUGAUGAAGUUGUAGAGGUACUGGUGGAAGAGGUGCUCGUGCUGCUGGAGGUGGUACUUGUGCUGGUCGAAGUGCUCGUUGAAGUUGUCGAUGAAGAGGUAAAGGUGCUGGAACUAGUUGACGUUUUAGAAGUUGAUGAAGUAGUCCAAGAUGAGGAUGAAGUUGUCGAGGUGGAGGAGGAUGUGCUAGACGAGCUUGUCGAACUUGUGCUGCUGGUGCUAGAGCUAGAAGACGUCGUUAUAGACGUUGUUGUUGAGGACGUCGAAAUUGAUGUUGAUGAAGAGGUGGCUGUAGUCGUGCUUGUGGACGAAGUUGUGGAAAUGCUUGCUGUGCUGCUUGAAGUGGACGACGAGCUUGUGGACAAAGAGCUGCUACUUGUCGACGAUUUUGAAGUUGACGACGAGGAACUGGACGAGGAAGAGGAAGUUGUGCUACUCAUUGAAGAAGAAGACGUUCUUGUUGCAGAUGUAGUGCUGGUUGAGCUUGAUGACGACGUGGUUGUGGCCGUCGUCGUGGACGUGGACUUACUCGAGGAAGAGGUCAGGGACGAAGUGGAAGAACUGGAUGAUGAUGCACUGGUGGUGCUGCUAAAAGAUGUUGUUGACGUCAGAGUGGUCGUGGAAGUUGCGCUUGUUGACGAUGUGAGUGUUGUUGACACGCUGAUGGUUGUGGUGCUGCUCAUGCUUGCUGUUGAGGUCGGUGAUGUUGAUGUGCUCGUGCUGCUUGCAGUUGCCGUGCUCGUCAAAGUAGUGCUCGUGGCCUGCUUGAUGGCAUACUACACAACAUGA